GUACUACACAUUUACAUCGUCAUCUAAAGUCUUGUAUUAAGUAUAAGAAAGCCUUGGGAUCUUUAAAUUCAAAUUCUAAAAAUACUGGAGGUCAAAUACAGCUUACUUUUAAUCAAUCUACAAAUUGGGUUUAUUCUCAAGAAAAAAGUAAAAUAGACUUAGUGAAUAUGAUUAUUAGAGAUGAAUUAAGUUUUCAAUUUUCAGAGCACUCUGAAUUUUUAAUCUUUGUUAAAGGAUUACAACCUAAUUUUAAAGUUUGA